AUGAUCAAGCAGGGCCGGUCUCCGUACGAGCCCCCCGAGCCUCCUGUGGGCGCCGCUGCUGAUGCAUCUGGCCGAGUUCACCGGAGGGUUUCAGCUGUCCAUGCGGACGGAUACGUCCAGCAUUAUGACGAACGAGGGCAUCCGAUAAACCCAGAUUCUAAGAGCUUUGGCAGGGAGUUACGAAGAGCUAAGAAUGACAUCCUUUCAACAAUGGGGAUUGUCGUAAGUGAUGAUCGGAACGCUGGCGCCCCAAACGAGCAGCAGAAGAUCGAUACAAUUGCUGCCGAAAACGAUUAUGGACUGAUCAUGGCCACUUUUGACCAAGUCGCUGUUUUCCUCAGUUCAUGGUGGACCUCCUCGUUGACAGGGCGAAUACAGAACAAGCAUCUCGGUGAUGACCCCUGGUCACGACUUGUGCGGGCCUCGCUCAACAUAUUUCAUUCUGCGUAG